ACCCACAGUGACCUGUUUCCAAAAGCCCAGCCCGGUGAGGUUCCUUUGACCACACACCUGCCGAAGUCAUCUACAGCUAGAAGAUGCAGCACCUGCGCGUGUACCUGCUCAUCUCCGCCCUGGCCCUGGCCGCCUUCUCCGAAGGGUCUAGGAAAUCCCCUUUCCUGGCGCAUCAUCAACCCUCAGGUCCAGGGGCCAACCGGGGCCUGGAGCCGCUCUGGCUGGACCAGCUGGGCCCAGCCCCUCGUCACCAGCGGCAGCUGUGGCCCGAGGGCCCCUCACACCAUGUGGGAGAUCUGUCCAAGAAGCAGGGGCCGUGGAUGGAGGAGGAAGAGGCGUACGGGUGGAUGGACUUUGGCCGCCGCAGUGCUGAGGAAGGGGACCAGCAGCCCUAG